GUGGUGGAGGCGUUGCUGGUUCUGCGGGAGAAGCACAAGGCGCACCAUAACGGCCGCCGCCUCCCGCAUUGGAGGUUUUUCCUUCGGGGCGCGCCAUGGCCGGGUAGCGGGGAGGAGAAGCCGGUGGGGCGGCCAGGAUGCUGCGAUCGCCGGCUCUGGCCAUGCGCUGGGCCAUCCUCUGGCCCCUGCUCCUCGGUCCCGGGUGGACGGCGCGGGGGAAGGAGCCCCCGAGCCCCCAGGAGGUGGUGAUCAAGGUCCAGGUUUAUGAGAAUGGCGACUUGUCCCCACUCCCUCAAGCAGCUGUGGAAGUAUAUGGCAACCAGACAUCCUUGGCUUCAGGCACCACUGACCAUGAGGGUGUUAGCAUGCUACCCAUCAGCUAUCGCCUGGGCACCUGGGUCCUUGUAACGGCCUCCAAGCGUGGCUUUGUUACAAACUCUGUUCCUUGGCGUGUCAACAAAUUACCACUCUACGCUUCUGUCAGCCUCUAUCUGCUCCCAGAACGUCCCGCAACACUUAUCCUCUAUGAUGACCUGGUGCAGAUCCUUCUUGGUUCUCCAGGAGCUAAGAGCCAACCAUGGGCACAGUUCCAGCGCAAAUCUGCCCGCCUGCCUCGCAGCUCCACGUAUAGUCAGCUGUCAGCCUCUCUGACCGCCGCCAGCAGUGGGCCAGACAUGAGGGGAUUCCCAUCCUUCAUCGGGGCUGAAAGUAAUGGCAAUGGCAAUAACACCUGGUUGGAGCUGGUGCCCAUCGUUGCAGUCAGUGUUCACCUUUUCACUGGCAAUGGGACCGAGAUCCAGCUCUCAGACUCCGUCCAUCUCUCUAUCCCACUACCUCCAGACACAGCUGCUGCAACCACUACCAGUGUGCCAGCCUGGCGCUUUGACCUCAAGAGCGGUCUGUGGAUCCGGAACGGGACUGGCCUCAUCCGCAAGGACGGGAACCAGCUUUACUGGACAUUUGUCUCUCCGCAGCUGGGUUAUUGGGCAGCUGCCAUGCUGUCUCCAACAAAUGGGCUUGGAAGUGCAACAAUGGGUAUUAAAGACAUUGCCACCUACCACACCAUCUUCCUGCUUACUAUCCUGGGUGCCCUGGCAUUGCUGGUCCUCAUUCUGCUUUGCUUGCUUAUCUACUAUUGCAGGAGGCUGUGUCUGAAGCCACGUCAGCAACACAGAAAACUUCAGCUCUCUGGGGCACUGGAUGCCUCUAAGAAAGACCAGGCUACAUCUAUGUCCCAGAUCAACCUCAUUUGCACGAGCCACAUGGAAACGGCUUCAUCCAAUGGUGACACAGAUGUACACACUCCCAUUCUAAAAUCAGCCUUUUCUUCAUCCCGGGAAUUUGAGAGCUCUCGUGAGGAAUUCUUUAAGCAAGUAUCAAACCAGAAGGGGCGUCAUACUAGCAAGGCUUCCACAGUAGACACACUGAGCCAGCGCGGGGGCCCAAAGGAAGAUUAUCCUCGAGGGAUGGAGGGCUACUCACUUAAGGCAGCUCGUUCCAUGGAUGUCCCUGGCACACUCGAGCCCCCUCUUCUGGAGGAUUACAAGCGCGCCUAUUCACAUCAACGUGCUGAGGACAAGAACAACGAAACACAACGUAAGCAGGGGCGUAACGACAGCAAGGGUUACAUGCAGGAGCCCCCAUCACCCCCACCUCUCCCACCUCCCUUUGACCACUAUGUGGGUCACAAAGGGGAUCCCAAGCCCCCUGAAUUUAUGAUGUCACAGUCAGUAGACCACCUUGCCCGUCCCACUUCACUGAGCCAACCUGGGCAACUCAUCUUCUGCGGUUCUAUUGACCACAUGAAGGAUAACAUGUACCGAAAUGUCAUGCCAACCCUUGUCAUUCCGGCCCACUACAUGCGUCUGGCACCAUCUGAUCAGCCUCCGGGGAGCUCUGAAAACCAGUCCGAUAUGGACUCAGUUGGGAUGGGACUCCCUCACCAGUUUGGACCCCAGGACCAGCGCCAGCAGCAGCUCCUCCAACAGCAGCUGCAACAUCCACAGUUCCAGCUUCAGCAACACCAAGUGGAAGAUGGUGAUGGGAAGGGUUGGGGCCCCCACACCCAGUCUGUCAGUGGCUCAGUCACCAUCCCAGUGCUGUUGAACGAGUCGACCAUGGCCCAGUUGAAUGGAGAGCUGCAGGCGCUGACCGAGAAGAAGCUGCUAGAGCUUGGAGUGAAGCAGCACCCACGGGCCUGGUUUGUGUCAUUGGAUGGGCGCUCCUCCCAAGUCCGUCAUUCUUAUAUUGAUCUCCAGGGUAAUGAGAGGAGCCGGAGCAAUGAUGCCAGCCUGGACUCAGGCGUGGAUGUCAAUGAAGCCAAGCCACCUAAGCGCUUGAAAGAGGAGCGCUUAGCCCCUUCUAUGGGCCCCACUUACUCCAAGCUUGUCUUUGCCGAUGCCGACACGGAGCCAAGCAGCAGCGAGAGCCGCACUGCCAUUUGCUCACCAGAGGACAACUCACUGACACCCCUCUUGGAUGAGAACACAGACCACCGUGCUGCUACUAUUCCGCGGCGUGGGCGCAGCCGUGGCAACAGCUCACGCAGCAGUAACAGCAACAGCGAACUGCGCCGUGACUCCAUGACCAGCCCAGAGGAUGACAGCAACGACCCAUCUGAAGGGACUGAUGACCAGGGAGACAAGAAGAGCCCCUGGCAGAAACGUGAGGAGCGGCCCCUCAUGGUUUUUAACGUGAAGUAGCUCACUGGAGAAUGGGCUCCAUCCUCAUGGCGCAGUGGGAUGGUGUGGGGUGGGUCACCAGGACCAUGGAGAGCAUUGUUCUGUGCAAGUCUGGUGCAGUUUCCUCUUCUCUCCAUCUAGACGAGUGCUUGGCAGAACAGAAACCCAAGAGGUCUGACAACAAAACUAAAUGGGACAGAGCAAGCAACAGAAGGCAGCCAAGUUAUGCUUCAUUCUUUUCCCAGCACGCCCUAUGGUCACUUCAGAUGCCUGCUUUGCCCUGGGAAUGUUAAAGUGUCACAAGAAGGUCCUUUUCCACCAACACCAACCACUGUGAAUCAAGCAGCGUGGAACUCCAGGAACUGCAGCGGCUGUAAUAGUGGCAAUAGACGUUUCACUACUCUGAUUUUCUGUCAGUUUGUAGAAGGAAGACAGGCCUAGUACUGAGUGGUUCCAGUUCUGUUCCAAGAACCCUUAGCACUCCACCCAGCUUGGCAUUGCCAGAACUCGCAUUGGCCCCUUGCCCCGACACAUUGGGAGUAGAGGUGAAAUGGAAGGCAUUUAGUGGAAUCCUUUAGCCCCACCUCGCACUUGUGAGUGGGGAGGACAGCAUUGUACAGUUCCUUUUUAAAAUUCAGUCCUGUGGAUUUUCCAAGCCGUGGCAUGGUUUGGGGGGAGGAAGGGGCAGGUGCCCAAGGGCUCUAGGCUGAUGCCCAUCUUUACCUGUCGUGCCUCAGUUCCCUCAAUGUCCUGGGUCGCAGUACAGAGCCCAGAUGAGUGGGGAGGGGAGGGUUGGGGAGUGGGGGCACCGGUGUGGCUAACUGUACAUAUGUGUGUGCAUGCGUGUAUGUUGGGGGUGGGUGGGAGUCUGAGCCAGGGUGUGUAUGUAUGGGUAGGUGUGUCAGUUGUCUGACCUCGCUGCCAAAUGAACUCCCCAGCGGAGUCAUCUCUGUGCCCCCUGCUCCCCAUUUUUCCUUGUGCCUGCAACUCCUCUGUCUCCUCCAAGUGCCUUCCAUCCUCAGCCUCUCCCUCCCACCCUCCCCAUCCAGGCAGCUGUGAAUGAAACCUUGGAUGCCCACAGAGGGAUGGAGACAUGCCAUCUGCUCUGAGCUGUUCAGAUCUUCCUCUCUCUCUAAUCCUUUGCCUCUCUAGCACUUGAGAUCCUGGUGGGGGAGGAGUCGUGCUGAAGGAAAUGGAGGCCGUCAUCACAUCCCCUGCUUGUAAGCCCAGCUACGCAAACUGGCUAAGCCACCAACAAAGGCAGUUUGGGAAACAGCCCCAACUAGGAACAUGGUAGUGGUGGAAACAAAUAUCCCUGAGGGAGAACAGCAGGACCAAAUAUUGGGGUGAGGGGUUUUCUGAUGGUGGAUUGGGGGGUGGGGUGAUAGCUUAUAUCACACUUCAUGCACUGGAGGAGAGGAAUAUUUGAGGUGCCUCCUGAACAGUUCCUGGUGUACCCAAGGAGAGCAUUUGUGGAGGCCUUGCAGGCCAGUAGGAAACAUGGAGGCGUUAUUUAGAGAAAGCAAACCACAAGCUUGCCCCAAGCAGAGCCUUUUUCGAACCAAACAAGAUGGGAAUAAGCAGGCGUUAGGGCUGUUGUGGGUUGUUUUGCUUUGUUUUUUUUAACACGGUGAACUUUGGCAAUUAUUUUUUUUCUAGCUUGACUUCACACCACUUGAAGAUAAUAAAUGAUGCUUUCCCGUAGAGAUGAGUUAUGUUGGAAGUUCCAGCUUGCCCUCUCUGCUCCCACCCAUUCAACUUCCUUCCUUUCCGGCAGGCUGUUGGGGGAAGACUUAGUGUUGCUCUUGCCAGAUGUCCAAAUAUGAUCACUUACAGGGAGGUUCAUCCCGCUCCUCCAGUCACUCUGAAUGUUUUGACUCCUCACUGCUUCCAUUGCUCUGUCCAUUUCUCAAUUUCUCCAUAUUCUCCCUUCCAUCCCCCUUGUGGACUCCUCCCUCCUUCGUGAAAUCAAGUUAUGGGUUGCAGGGUAUCUGCUCCUUGUUUAUUUUGGUCGUUGCAGACACCAUUUGUAAACACCUAGGCUUUAGGUGCAUUUGAGAGUGGGAGACGUAUGAUGGUCAUUCUGUGUUUAGAGAGAGGCACUUCACAUAUGCUCAGAAGCACGGUUCUUUUGUCACCUGUUCAGGGCUGAGCCUUAGCAACGAAAACAGGUCCUGGGGCUGAGCCCUAGCUCAAAUGAAGUCCUUCUCCUACCCUAGCCUCAUUUUUCAGUUCGACAGUUGGCCUGCGACAGUUUUUCUUUCCUUUCCAAGGUAAUUUACACUUUUGUCUUCUCCUUCAUGUUCUUUAAUCUUUUAAAGUUUUUUAAAGAUGCUGUCUUUCACAAUCCCCCUUUCCUUGCCAAUCAGCAGCAUUAUGUAUAACUGUGGAACUUCCUGCUAUUUCGUGCGAUUGAUGGCAAGAUCAAGGCUCUCCAGAGAUGGGACUAGCAGCCAUCAAGUAUCACAAGAUGAAUUUUCCUGCAUGGAAGUCUUGUCAAAAACUGCAGAUAUUCUGUGUGUAGUUUGUUUGUAACUUGUGUGUCCCCUUCUCGGCUUGUCCAUGUAACGACUUCCGUGUGGAAACUUUUAUCUUCUAUAAACCAGCUCUGAGCCUUUUCCAUCUACAGGGAGUGACAUGGGAUGACUUGACCAUACUCCAAGGUAGACGACUUCUACAAUCACGCUCAUGUCGUGGCAAUAUCUUGUAGGAGUGAGAGUAUCCCAUUCCUGUGUGUGAACUGUCAGACCAGCAGGAGAAAGCGGCAGUGGUCUUCUACUGGGAUGCAGGACAGUUAAUGCACAAAGAGAGUCCACUGAGCCAUAAUGAAUUUUUCCCACUUUGCAGGGUAUUUUAAAGAGCUUAGUCCAUUAGCCAAGCAAAAAGCUAUUUCACAUUUGCAUCCAUCACUGCAAGCCUAUUGCAUGUUUGAGUGUCAGCUAUCAUAGUUUUGAAGAGGACAAUGGCAUGAUCAUUUCCACGUUAUUGGUCACUGCUGGGCAGAGAUUAGUCUGCAUCCAGGCUAUGAUCUAUCCCAGCAAAUCUACACCCACAGGAAUCUUAUGCUACCGUUGCUAUGAUGUGAGGUAUCUUUUAGAACAAUACACAUCUGUGGGAUAUUGGCUUCAUGCAAAGAUGGUCAAAUGUCUAAUUUUAAGAAAAGGUGGUGGUAAAGUCACCCACCACAAUCAAGAUCCCAAAACAAGAUACCUCUUCUUCCUUUCCCAAUCAGUGCACAGUGCUGUUUUCUACUACUUUUUAUAGCUUAAAAAAAACUUGCACAAAAGGAAGGGGGUAAGUCAAGGUGUUCUCUGACACUGGUGCAUCUUUAAUUGUGUGGAAUGCCUUUUCUUUCUUCAGUGACCUCAAACUUUUUGUCACCUGUUUUGAGUUUUUUAAACAAAUUAUAUAAACAAGGGUUGUGCAAAGUUGGCAAACAUUGGAGACUUGAUGGCUACUGUUGGUGGAACUUCCUACUUGUUCUUUAGAAUGGUAUUAAUAUAUAAACCCACUGAAUUUAUCAAAGUAUCAUUGCCCUGUGAUGGUUUCCUUUUCAGGAUAGCAGUUCGAAAACAUGCAAAUGUGGACAGGUAACGGCGCUCCAUGCAGUCAUGCCGGCCACAUGACUUUGGAGGCAUCUACAGACAAUGCCAGCUCUUCGGCUUAGAAAUGGAAAUGAGCACCAUCUCCCAGAGCUAGGCAUGACUAGACAAUGUCAGGGAAAAGUUUACUUUUUUUACAUAUAUCCCUUCUCAGCUUGGUUUUUUCUGGCAAAAUGGGGGGGGGGGUGUCAUAGGCCCCAAAAGAUCAAACUGGUAUAAGAGAUGAUCACAUAGAUCUGCUUAAAGGGAUUGCAAGUCUGAAGUUUCAUCUUAUUCGUGACAGUUUCACCUCCUUUUUUGGCAUGAAGAUAAUAUGUGAGGGCAUGGCACUGGAUGCAAAUGACCCACCAAGGAAAAAUUAAGUGGUUCAUUUGCCCCAGCUGCACAACAUAUGCUAUGAAAUCAUUGGUACUGAAAAUGUGGACUUUGAAAUGAUAGUUUGUUGAACUACCCAGUUACAACAGAAUGGAGAGAUGGGGAGAAGAAAUAAGGCAUCUCAUAACACUAUAUAACACAAUUUUUGUUCCUGUUAUAAAUGUCAUUGCCUAAUUGGUUCUAUCAUUAAAACAGCACAUUUUGCUAUA